AUGACUACACAGAUGCAGCUGGUGCUAGUUCAAGUACUAGAAGUCCACACCGACACUGUUCCGGCUGGUGGAACUGCUGCUAGGAAAAAUUGGACAAACACAAAUCGCUGCUGUAGUCACACGUUUCGUAGUCGUCCGUGCUAUUUGCAUUUUCCCACAAGAAAAUAUGGUCUCGCCUUUUAUCUCAUAGGUAUUUUCUUUAACCUAGACCUUUACUACCCUGGUGGCUUUGAAAAACAGAACGCUCGAAGGUUGUUUGAUCAUCUUCGUGUUGUGCAAGGACACUUUUUGCGACCUCGCAGAAUGAACACCGCUGCACGGCCGGAGAUCAUGAUCUUCUUCCAAAAUUUUCCGUACAUUAGAAAUUCGUAUUUCACCAAUUAA